AUGAGCAGCAGCCCCAGCCCCAGCCCGAGCGCCCGUGACGACACUGACGCGUUCGUGAUCAAGACGGCCAAGCACCGCAAGAAACCGCCGUCUGCUGUUGCUGUCGCAGCAGAUUCAGCGAGUGGAGACGCAGUCGGUCGCACGAGUGCGUCGACGUCGACCACUCGCACGACAACCGCGUCGGCCAGUCGGACCGAGAGUAGCGACGCCGCGCCCAACAUCUCGCUGCGACCGCGGACGAUGUUUGCCAUGAAGGGACGAGGCCGCACCGAGUCGGAAGGCGCAGCUUAUCGUCCCCAGUGGUCGAAAGACGGGGAAGGCUUUGUCUCUACUGGACCGCUGUCGAUGAAAGACGCGAUCCUUGGGGGCGGCGACGACCACCGGAACGAUCGACGCAAGCUUAAAGUCUUGCGCUACAGCAAAGAAGAGCUUCUGGCGCUCCAUUGUCCGACGGACGAGCUGCCAGCGGUUUUAGUCGAGACGUCCGUGGCGUCGGAGCACAGUCUCCCGCCCGUGGCGACGCUGCCGUUUGACUAUGAAGAGAUUUACAAACAGUGGUCGCUCAACCGCAAUCGUGGACGUGGGCGCGGACGCAGCAAUGCAACUGCUGCUGGAGCGGGGGCAGUGCAAGGCACGCGAGGACAUCAGGAUCGCGGGGCACGGGGAGACGAGACGCUGGACGGUGCUACGCAGCAGAAGGACGAGGGGUUUCUUCGACAGGGACACAAGGAGAGGGACUCGACGUGGGAGCGCGGUGUAAAGAUUACGGAAACAUCGUCUCGAGGCGACUGUAUUUGGGACGAUGUCUUGGAGCCUGGCACGGACAGCAAUGAAAUGGACUUGACAAGUAUGGCAGAGGCCGCCGAAAUAUUCCGACGAGAGAUGGACGCGAUGCGGGAUGAGCUGCAGGGGCCGAAGGUGGACCCGGAUGAAAUUAAGGACGAUUUGGACGCAUUUGACAAGAAACUUGAGGAUGCUGCGGCUGCUGGGCAGUUUGAGGAUAGCGAUACUGAAGAAACGCCGUGGGACGAUCCUACGCUGGACGACCAGAAGGCUACGGAGGGUGGCAACCAUCUGUCCGACGAACACGCGGUAAAUCCGUUGGAGCCUCAGUCAAGCGGCAGCCAUUCAUUCGAUGCGCUGGAACCUGCUGACACGCAGCUUGCACUCGAAGAAAAAGGCAGUCGUUUGUUUCCGCAAGUGCCUGCUGAGGAAUGCUCUGCUGGGCCACCCUCGUCAUGCGUAGAGAUGGCGGACGAAUGGUUUUAUCUGGACCCACAAGGGUUGCAGCGUGGACCGUUCAAAACGGCCGAGAUGCGGGAGUGGUUUGAAGCAGGCUACUUCAAGCCGCACCUGCCGAUUCGUUUUGGUCAGCACGGCAUAUUCACGGCCUUGGCAAGUCAGUUUGUUCCCGGGCAAAUUCCAUUUGCCACUUUGUCGACACGCGUGAAUAGUGUUGGAGGAAUUCGGAUGGACCCCAUUCUGAGUGAGCAACAGCGUUUGCUAGAACUGCAGCACGAGCAGCAGCGCCAGCAACAAAUGAUGCAGCUUCAGCAACAGCAGCAACAACAACGCAUGCUGCAGCUGGAGCAAGAUGAGAAGAUUCGUAUCGAGAUGCAGCGGCUUGAAAUUGCACGUCAGCAGCAGCAGACGCAGUUGUAUCAGCAGCAACAGAUUCUACGUGAUCAGCAAGAAAAACAGCGGCAGCAGCAACAGCAACAACAGCAAUUUUUCUUACACCGGCAGCAAAAUUCGUGGCAACUCAGCCAGCGUGAAGGUAUAAUGAGCGCGCUAGGUCUUUUCAGUGGAAACCAAGCCAAUGUUGCAUCGACCGACAGCUUCAGGACCGAUGGCGUGGAGAGUCAAUUCCGGUCUGAGUACCACACCCAUCACCAAAUGAGCACGCAGAAUGCGCCACCCGUUGGUCAAAGCGCGGCUCUUGUAAACGAUGAAGCGCAGAGACGCACACAAGCGUUUUGGCCAAACGCUGCUCCGGAAUUACCUGGUCCCGAAAACGUCACAGGUUUGGGCUUGCAAUCAGCACAACCCAAAAGCCCAGUAACACCAGACUCGACUCAGCUCCCUGAAUCGAACGGAUUGGCACCCGUAUCUGAUGCAUGGGCACGUCGACAAAAGGUACCGGAGCAAUUGCCACCACCGUCGCACGACAUCCGUGUUGAGGCGACGCAUCGUGCUGCACAGGAAUCUCACGGUAACAACAACCAAACCACUGCACAACACGGACAGCCAGGGAGCGCAUUGUCUACUACGCCGACGAAGAAGAAUGCCAAGUCCAGUGUAGUACAAAAGAACGGCAAGCAUGCAGAAAACGGUACAGUUGCAACUGACGCGUGGGCGAUUGGAACAGCGCCUGCUGCGGCGUCGUCAAAGUCGAUGUCGCUGAAGGACAUUCAGCAGGAAGAGCAGCGUGAAUUGCUUGAAAAGAGAAACAGGGACAAGGGAGAUACGGCGCAUCUUGCGCAAAUGGGGGCUCAGUUAAAGAUGAUGCUGGGUGUGGAUUCAAUGGCCGUUACACCAAAGAACACUCCUUCGGUGUCUGUACCACAAGCUACGGUGGUUAAGUCGACAGCAACGUCAACACCAGUGCCGACCCCAAGCUCCUCUUCACCUGUACGAGGUCCGUGGGGUCAACCUCCUGCUGUCGUAACAAGCGACAAGUCAAAGUCAAUGCGUGAUAUUCUGGCCGAAGAAGAGCGGUUGGCACAGGAGCGUGCUAAGGCAAACGCGAAUGCGCCGGUCAAUUCGCAGUGGGUGAACAUCGUGGCUGGUAACAAGGCCGCUGCAGUUCCUAAGCCGUCCCGAUCAGUGUUGGGUCCCGUUCCCGCAUCCGUGCUGAAGAGCCGUCAACAAGUUCGUGCUACCAAUGGUGCAUUGAAGCCACCCCCAUCCAAGACCGAGAACGAUGCGUCGUUCUGGAACUUUGGAGCAGCUCAACCGGCUGGCAAGGAGUCUGUCGUCAGCGUCGGUAGCUCGAACGCGUUUGGAUUGAACAGUGUAUCGUCGGAGUUCAUGGCCUGGGCUUCGAAGCAGUUGAAGACGAUCGACGUUGACGCGAACGUGACGUUGUUGGAAUACUGUGCGUCAGUGGAAGACCCCGGCGAAGUUCGCGAGUACCUUGCGGCGUAUUUGGGCUCGACACCUCGCGUGUCGGCGUUUGCCACGGAAUUUAUCCAGCGGAAAAAGCUGCAAACAAGCGGCAAGAAGUCACCAGGGCACCAGGAUGCCCAGCAGCGUGCAUCGGAGACGGACUCGUCGACCAGACGAGGCAAGCGCCGGUCCUAG